CAACAAAGUGUGUAUUUUCUCUCUUCUUCAUGAAAAAUACACACGUGGCGCGCGUUUAUUCUACAGCGAGUGUACAGUAGCCAUGUGGGGAACGACACACAGCCGCUGGGAGUCGACUAGUGAGACGUUUUUUAUUUCACGUUGUGAUGGUCAAUAGGGCUGUGCGCGUCAUAACGCGUGGGGACAUUCAUUAAACCACAGGUUUAAGCAGCGUUUCCGACACUCGGGGUUUAAGUUCAGUUGCCUUCACCCUCCACCGCCACCCGGCUCUCUCUCUCUCUCUCUCUACUCUCUAUCUAGGUCUCUCUCUCUCUCUCUCUACUUUCCUGGUGACUCUCCCCCCGCAGCCCUCCGCCACACAAACAGGGGCUCAUUCGGCGUGCGGGUGCGUGCGUGCGUGCGUGCGUACGUGCGUGUGAGCGACCACUUGCUUUGUUAAGCAACACCCCGAAUGAGUCGACUGUGAGUCACUCGGCGGCGGUCGGAGCUUGAAAUAUGACGAGAGGCAAAAUGGGAGGAAAGUCGUCGCUGUCUUGCUGAAGUUUUUUUUUUUUUUUUUUUUCCCGGGGAGGCUCUCCUUGUGGCGACGGACACCACGAGUUCACUCUCACAAUAAACACAAAAGAAAAAAAAAAAGGAGUGAGGCCAACCUUCCAACAUCCCUCCUCCCUUUCAUUGGGCUAAGAUGAGUAUUACCAGUGACGAAGUGAACUUCUUGGUCUACAGAUACCUCCAGGAAUCAGGUUUCUCCCACUCAGCAUUCACCUUUGGCAUCGAGAGCCACAUCAGCCAGUCCAACAUAAACGGAACACUAGUGCCCCCUGCAGCCCUCAUCUCCAUCCUGCAGAAGGGGCUCCAGUACGUGGAGGCAGAAAUCAGCAUCAAUGAGGACGGCACGGUAUUCGACGGGCGGCCGAUUGAGUCGCUGUCGCUCAUCGACGCGGUGAUGCCAGAUGUGGUGCAGACGCGGCAGCAGGCCUUCCGCGACAAGUUGGCCCAGCAGAAAGCGUCCUGCGCCACGGCAGCGUCCACCUCUGGGAACCAGCAGAGCGCGUCGAAGAACGGCGAAGCGCCGGUCAACGGGGAGGAGAACGGCACGCACGGCAUGAAUCACCACGGUGAGCCCAUGGAGAUGGAUGUCGACGUGGAGAUACCAGCCAGUAAAGCCACGGUGCUCCGAGGCCACGAAUCUGAAGUGUUCAUCUGCGCCUGGAACCCCGUCAGCGAUCUGCUGGCCUCCGGCUCGGGAGACUCCACCGCCAGGAUAUGGAACCUGAACGAGAACAACAACAACUCCAACUCCACCCAGCUGGUGCUGCGCCACUGCAUCCGAGAAGGCGGCCAGGACGUCCCCAGCAACAAAGACGUCACCUCGCUAGACUGGAAUAGCGACGGGACUCUGCUGGCGACGGGCUCGUACGAUGGCUUCGCCCGGAUAUGGACAAAGGAUGGGAACCUGGCAAGCACCUUGGGACAGCACAAAGGGCCCAUAUUUGCACUCAAGUGGAACAAGAAGGGGAACUCCAUUCUCAGUGCCGGUGUAGAUAAGACGACAAUCAUUUGGGACGCGCACACAGGAGAAGCCAAGCAGCAGUUCCCCUUUCACUCGGCCCCGGCGCUGGAUGUCGACUGGCAGAACAACACCACCUUUGCCUCCUGCAGCACAGACAUGUGCAUCCACGUCUGUCGCCUUGGCAGCGACCGGCCCCUCAAGACCUUCCAGGGCCACACGAAUGAAGUUAACGCCAUUAAGUGGGACCCAUCAGGUAUGCUGCUUGCCUCCUGCUCGGAUGACAUGACCUUAAAGAUCUGGAGCAUGAAGCAGGAGUCGUGUGUCCACGACCUCCAGGCUCAUAGCAAAGAGAUCUACACCAUCAAGUGGAGCCCCACAGGCCCCGGCACGAGCAACCCCAACUCCAACAUCAUGCUCGCCAGCGCCUCCUUCGACUCGACGGUUCGGCUGUGGGACGUCGAGCGAGGCGUCUGCAUCCACACGCUGACCAAGCACCAGGAGCCCGUGUACAGCGUGGCCUUCAGCCCCGACGGCAAGCACCUGGCCAGCGGCUCCUUCGACAAGUGUGUCCACAUCUGGAACACCACGACCGGAGCCUUGGUGCACAGCUACCGGGGCACCGGCGGCAUCUUCGAGGUGUGCUGGAACAGCACCGGGGACAAAGUUGGGGCCAGCGCGUCGGACGGCUCGGUGUGUGUUCUUGAUCUCCGAAAAUAGCCGACUUGAGACUUUGAUGAUGAUGAUGAGGAUGAUGAUGAGUCCGGAAUGUGCAUCGAAUUGCCUUUUUUUUUUUUUUUCUGGCAUCAGAAAACUCUCUGAUUGCUCAAGAAGAGCUGAAAGGUUCACACAGGCGCACAAGCAGAAGAGAGCAGCCGCCUCCGAGGAGGUCCGUCCUCUGCACCUUGCAGUUUGGUGAUGAGUGUUUUAGGAAACGCCCGGUGGAAACAUGAUGGAAUCCCCAAGACUGGACUGAACCCAACCCCCCCGGGGGUGCAGCCGCGUUUUUUUUUCAACAGGAUUCUAAUGAGAAAGUGCUGCAACCCCUCCGGGCCACUGGUCCAGCUGUUAUCGGGUUGCAAUUGGUGGAAACACAAAAGAUGAGUUUUAUAUGAAGAGAAAAGUGUUAACGAGACACGUGUUGGGCUGUAAGAGGGAACACAUUAUGAAAGAGAGGUUGCGGUUUUAGGAUUCCUCGCGUCCGAAUGGACCAACUGCUGAAGGCACGGUGGGAAGGUGCUUGGCUUCUCCCUAGUGGAGAGUGGAUUGUUUCAAGAGUACUUCUUGCUCUUUUUUUUUUUUUCCACAGAUGAGACUUCUUGAAAAUCCAAAUGGAAUGUGCCGCCGUGAGGUAGUUCUUAGCUCACGUCUAACAUAAGGGUGACAAAAAGGAAAAAAAACCUGCCAAGUAACAGUCGGGAAGCUUUUAAAUGACCUGCUCAAUUCACUCGAGAUUAGAAAAUGUCACUUUGUGGACGAGAUGUGAAAAGCGUGGUUUACAAAGAGAAUUUUGUCAGUCUUUUUGGAUGUAAAUUUCAGAAUGUAAAGAUAUGUAAAUUAGAUUAAUACACAGACUUAUAUACUGUGUAUAUAUGUUUAUAUACAGUACACUUUAUUGACAUCCUGUAGGGGCUCAUUAUGGGCUAGAGCUGUCACAUCUUGGCUGAUACUCUUUUUAAAUGAAGUGCAUGCGUCAUCAGCUUCUUUUAACAGUCUUUUUCAACCGGGCCGAUGCAUCGGGUCGUUUCCUUUCACCAUGAACUCGCAGAUUGCUUCUUCUUAGGCAGCUUUACUUUCCACUACUGGUCCCUGACGCGUGGCUCGUUUACCGGGCAUUCGGGGAAUUUAUCUGGUCGACGAUAUUGGAGAUAACGUCGUCCCGGUCUCCCACUUGGUUUCUGCCUUAUCUUUGCAUUGGAUGUGGAGCAGGACGUCACGGGGUCAAAUGACCAUGGCCUCUCUCCCAUGAACCAUCUACUGCUCCAAGCACAUUUUACCCAGAAGGUGGAGGGCAACCAAAAGUCCUAUUGUUGCUAAAAUAAAAAUAGAAUUAUCCGAUUGAUUAAAGCAUGAGUUGAGCGUCAAGUGUGGCCCAAUCUGCUCAGUGAAAAGAAAAUCUUUUAAAUGAAUUGCAACUCUUUUGAUUUGCCUUUUUUUGGUUCCCUUUCAUUCAAGGUCUGCUACAGUAAUGUAAAGUGCAUUCUUUUUGUAACGAGGGGAACAGAAAAUGUUAAAAUCUUGCUAAAAGGGCCAAUGUUGUCUUUUUUUUUCUUUUUUAUGUCGCAGUUGGAUGUUGUGGGUUUUCUGACUUUUUAAGUUUGCUGAGAGCCAUUAUUGUCUGUGUCAGACUGAGAAUGGGGCUGAGGAGCAAAGCCACGGCUACCAUCUCUCUCUCUCUCUUGCACCUGUUCCGGGGGACAGUCGCCCGUUUCCAUGACAAAACGUUGAAGUCAUUCAGUGUCUCAAAUAAAUCACUCUAUUUUGAUAUCAGAAA